CAAUUGCAAGAGCGUCAAAACCAAUUUGACCUUUUCUUUUUUCUUUUUUCUUUCUUUCUCUUAUUUUCUUUCAAUUUUACCUUAUGGCUCCUCGUCGUACUUCCCAAAGACUUUUAAAGAAGCCCAAGCUUGAAUCCAGUCCUUCUGAUCUUAUGGAUGUGGAUAUUCUUAGGGAUGACAGUGACGAUUUUCAACCUCUUUCUGUUGUGGUUAGACGUACACGCAAAGAAAAAGGAAAGCAGCCUGUACGCUUGGUUGUGUCUGAUUCAGAAAGUGAAGCAGCAAGCGAUGUUCCUUCUCCAUUCAGCAAAUCCUCCAAGUCUUCUGGUACUUCUUUAACUACGAACGACAAUUCUAAAGAGGUUUCCGCAGUCAAUUCUCCUGAAGCGGAGCCUAAUUCCGAUUCGCAGCAAAAACCCAGUGAUGAAGAAGAGUUUGUACACAAUGACAACUCAGACAAUGAAGAGGAAGAGGAAGAGGAGGAAGAAGAGGAAAAUAGUGCAUCAUCAUCCGAAGAAGAAGAAGUUGUUCAAAUUCGUCGUCCUGCUAGAACAAGAAGAAGUGUCAACAACCAACCUCGAUUAAGAAGUUACGAAAGAACACAAUUGAAGAUUUUGGCGCAUCACAAGGAACUCACUACUAUUUGGAAAGACCUUGAAGAAGUUGAACCUGAAGCUGUUGUUCCUAUUGAGCAACCUCCUGAACUUACAUUGCAACUUUUACCUUUUCAAAGAUAUGGUGUUGGUUGGAUGAGAAGACAAGAAAACAUGGACACUUUUAAGGGUGGUAUUUUGGCUGAUGAAAUGGGUAUGGGUAAAACAAUUCAGACAAUUGCUUUGCUUUUGUCAGAUAGAAAGAAGCCAAAUCUUGUGAUUGCUCCUACUGUUGCUAUCCUUCAAUGGAAAGAUGAAAUUGAGCGUCACACAAACAAUGCUCUAUCCGUCUAUGUCUUCCAUGGUAACAAGCGUACGAGUAGUGUGGAAGAUCUUAAAAAGUACGAUGUUGUCUUGUCUACAUAUUCGAUUAUGGAAUCCAGUUUCAGACGUCAAGAAAGUGGUGUACACAAUAAAGCCACUCGUUCUAUCCGUAAAGAAAAGUCUGUUUUACACAAAAUCAAGUGGCAUCGUAUUAUUCUUGAUGAAGCCCAUAAUAUCAAGGAUAGAUCAAGCAAUACAGCAAGAUCUGUGUUCAAUAUCUCAGGUGCUUACAAAUGGUCUUUAACUGGUACGCCUUUGCAAAAUCGUGUAGGUGAACUGUACUCCUUGAUUCGUUUUAUGCAAGCAGAUCCAUUUUCUUAUUAUUACUGUAAACAAUGUCCAUGUAAAGAAAUUACCUGGCGAUUUUCCAACAAGCGAAACUGUGAUUCUUGUGGUCAUACCCCUAUGAAUCACACCUGUUGGUGGAACAAUGAAGUACUCAAGCCUAUUCAAUACCAUGGUUACUUAGAAGAAGGCCGUGAAGCUAUGAAAAAGUUGGGUAUUUUGUUAGACAAGAUCAUGUUGAGAAGAACAAAGAUCCAAUGUGCUGAUGAUCUUGGUUUACCUCCUCGUACUGUUAUUGUGCGCCGAGAUAUGUUUACUGAAGAAGAAGAAGAUGUCUAUACUUCUCUUUACUCUGAUGUUCAACGCACAUUUACGACUUAUGUAGAAGAAGGUACUGUGCUUAAUAAUUAUGCCAAUAUCUUUGAAUUGUUGAUGAAGAUGCGUCAAUGCGCGGACCAUCCUGAUCUUGUCACAAAAAAGAGCUCUGACAAUAAACAAUUGGUCUGUAUGUUGUGUAACGACCCUCCUGAGGACGCUAUUGCUGCUGCUUGUAAGCACGUCUUUUGUAGAGAAUGUUGUGUUCAAUACUAUGACAGUUUUGAUAGUAACGAUAAUUAUGAAAAGCCGCGCUGUCCCUCUUGUUAUGCUGAAUUCAGUGUCGAUCUCUCUCAACCUGCUAUUGAAGUAGAAGGUGGCCAUGGUUUGAAUGCCAAUUAUUCCAAGUCAAGUAUUGUCAACCGUAUUAAUAUGAGUACUUGGAGAAGUUCUACUAAGAUUGAAGCCUUGGUUGAAGAAUUAUCCAAACUAAGACAGGAAGAUAAAACUAUUAAAAGUAUUGUAUUUUCUCAGUUUGUUAAUUUUCUGGAUCUUGUCUAUUGGCGAUUAUCUCGUGCUGGUUUUGAGUGUAUUCGCCUUGAUGGUACAAUGACUCCAGAUCAACGAAAUGCUGCUAUCAAUAGCUUCAUGACUAAGCCUACGGUAACUGUAUUUCUUAUCAGUCUUAAGGCAGGUGGUGUUGCACUGAAUUUGACUGAAGCAAGUCGUGUAUUUAUUUGUGAUCCUUGGUGGAACCCUUGUUUAACUCUCUUUCUUUUUCCUUUGUUGAUUCAAUAUGAUAUUAGGCUGCAGAAUUACAAGUAAGCAAGGAAAUAAACCAUGUGUUUAUGUAACUCACCUCAUAUUAGGCUAUGGAUCGUA